AUGUCAUCAGUAUUCAUAUCGUUUUGCUUCAUAAAAACCCUAUCAGGGACUAAAAGAUCUAUCAAUGGCACUGCUCUCUAUAGAGCAUUAAGUAAUACUCAAGAUGAAUUCAGAGAAUUCAUCUUCAAAGUCUAUAUCGAAUCAGAAGAAAGUUUAAUUCAAGAAUUUGAAAAAGAAACAAUAGUUCUGAUGGUCGCCAUUUGUAAUGGAUGCAAAAAUUCAAAAACAUGCCAAUAUCCAUCAAUAUUAACAGAAAUUCCAUCUGAAAUUAUAAGUGUUCCAAUGACACAUAGAAGAUAUCUUUCGCCAGUCCACAUGAAAUGUUCUUUAGGUCGUACUCCUGACACAAAUAACUAUACUAAUUAUCGAUAUCUGCAAGGUUCAAUCAACAUAACACAUAAUUACCAAUCAUUAGAAAUUUAUUCUGGAACAAUUGAUGCAUAUCUAAAUAUUCACGAACCUCCAAGAUGGUUUCAUGAAUCAUUAAUACCUGCUUGCGAAUGGUUGAGAGGAAAUAAUCAUAUUAUUAAAAAAUAUCAUUCAAAUAUUAAUAUUACACCUCCAAGACCUGAAAGUCCCACACCAAUUCCAUUACCUUUAGCAAGACAGUCGAUUGAUUACCAUCAAGCCCCAUCUGACUUCCAAUGCAGUUUUCUUUCAAAUGAAACACCAUACCCACCAGACUUAGUUGUUUCUAAUAAUUCCUUUCCACAAGAAAUUCAUAAUGAAGAUACACAUCACACUCGAUUGAUAGCAGGAUUAAUAGCAAAUAGAGAUGAAGAGAAUCUUCCUAUUUUAUUUAAUAAUCCUGAUCUGGAAGCUUUAAUGUUUCCAGAUUUAUUUUCUAAAGAUAGUUAUGGAAAGUAUAUAAAACUAAGAAUGCUGUGUCCUGAUCCUAGGUUCCGUCUUCAUUGGUAUUGGCCACAUUGGUCCUAUUUGAAUUUGGAAAAAAGAAGAAAUUUUCAAAAUCAAUAUCAUCUUUUAUCUACUCGAAAAGUGAACUGUGAGCAUCAUCCAACAGUAACAGAUCUUAUCAUAAAAAGUUCAUAUGAUAAUCGAAAUAUUAUAGAUAAAUCAAAAACUACAACCAUUCCCUCAUACCUGAGAACUGCCACUCCAUACUUUAAAAAAAAACAACAACAAGUUAAUACCAUGAUACAUUCAUAUAGAUUACCACAAAUAUUCUAUACAAUGACCAUAGCAAAAGACAAAUGGCCACAUUUACAUCAAAUUCUGCAUGCAGACCACAAAAUCAAACUGACGGAUCAUGUUCCAAAGGUUUUCCUCAACCCUUAUCUCAAACAACACAUUGUUCAGGCAAUUCAUUACAAUACUUUUAUCGACUACGUCACAUCUACUGGAUUUGCAAAAUAUAUAACAAAAUAUAUAACGAAACUCGAAUCUUCAGAAUUAUUUGAUAUUGAUGAGCAAGAUGAAUAUAGAAAACAUAUUAUAGCACGAAGAUUAGGAACAAUGGAGUUGAUGGAUGAACUUCCAUAUUGGGAUGACGCGAUCGAUAAAUAUUUCGAUCGACCUGAUCAUGAAAAUUUCAUUACCAUUACAUAUCCGGAUUAUUUUCGCAACUAUACCAUUGGUUUGAGGCGGCCAGGUCAACGAUCCAAACUAUUUCAUGCUCAAGAUCGAAAGGGUAGAAUAAUCAUUCAACGAAAAUCACCAAUUCUUCUAAGAUUUACCAAUUAUAAUAUACAAAAUGGCGAACCAUUCUUUUUUCAACAUCUUAUAAUGAAAAUUCAUGCAAGAUCUGAACAAGAUCUAUUAGAUGGAAAUACUACAUAUAGGGAUCGAUUUCAGGCUUUAUUUCCAAUAAGAUACAAUCAGGCAAUUAAUUCUAUCCAUAAAA